AUGUGUAAAUGGACCAUCGGUCGGAGAGCCUGGUUGUUGGGACUCCGCGCGGUCCCCUGCAGGGGGGCGUCGCUGUCGGACAGAAACGAGGACCGGGACCCUCUCUGUAAACCCAGAGCCAACUUCAAGGGCUCCAGUCUGGCCAACAGCAGCAGCAGUCAGGACAGAGAGCUGCGGCCAGAAGAAAUGGACGAGCUGCGGGACGCGUUCAAGGAGUUCGACAAAGACAAGGAUGGUUUCAUCAGCUGUAAAGACCUGGGCAACUGUAUGCGGACCAUGGGCUACAUGCCCACGGAGAUGGAACUGAUCGAGCUGAGCCAGCGGAUCAACAUGAACCUGGGGGGGCACGUGGACUUCGAGGAUUUCGUGGAGCUGAUGGGCCCCAAGUUGCUAGCUGAGACGGCGGACAUGAUCGGGAUCAAAGAGCUGAAGGACGCCUUCAGAGAGUUUGACACCAAUGGUGACGGCGCCAUCAGCACCACCGAGCUCCGGGACGCCAUGAGGAAGCUGUUGGGUCAUCAGGUUGGUCUGAAGGAAGUUGAAGAUAUCCUGAGGGACGUGGACCUGAACGGUGACGGACUGGUGGACUUUGGAGAGUUUGUACGAAUGAUGUCCCGCUAAGAUCGUGAACGUACCUCCUUGCGACCUAGUGCCACAGGGGGCCCUGCUGAGAACGUCUGAGCCACUGGAACGAGAAGAAAAACUGGAAUUUUCUUUCGAGUCACCUCACGCUUCGAAUCCAUUCAGAGUUCUUCCCGAAGAGUGAGGUGAAACGCUGUAGCCUGACGACGGUUGUCAAGUUCCUGCACUUUAUUUUCUCCUUGAGUAACUUCCUCGGUGGACGGACUGUUGUUCGUUUGUCCUCUCCGUCAGAUGUCCCCAACCCGGAUUGGUCAAAUGCAGCCUAACGGUAAUAGCACAUAUUCUCCAGAGGGGGGGUAAAAACUGUACUUCAAGUAGUACUGUAAAAUGGGACUUUUAUUUUGAAGCUGGAAACUCGUCUUCAACGAAAAUACUCCUAAAACUUCGUCAAUAAAAAAUAAAUAAAUAAAUAAUAAACAAUCAUUUAAAAUUUUUUUUUUCAAGCUGGUCUUCAACGCUUUACGUAGACUUUUA